AUGAUGCAUACCACUUCAGUUAUUCAACAUAUAUUUGGGCGUCAAACGCUUAUUCUUACCAGACGUUGGGAGAAGUUCGCGCACAGAGAGGCGACAACCUUCGAGCAGUUGAGUUUCCUUCACCGCUGUCGCGAUCAUGGCAUUCUUCCGAAGUCUCUUCGCUUUAAACCCACACUGCCCAAUGAGGCUGGGAAGUCACUCGCUCGCAUAUAUGGAUUCCGUGUUUUGAGUGCGAUUAUAUCUGACGUCCACCAUCGUCUUCAGCGAUUUGAGGCGAUAAUCUCUGACCUAAAGAGCCGGUGUGUUUCAGCCCUGCCUGAAGACAUUUUUGAAAAUUUACUGCAACGCAUAAAUGCCACCGCCAAACAUGCUCGUAUGAAGAAGCGGGCCGAUCUUCAAGAGAAGCUCCAAGCUCUCCUCCGUCCUAUCAAUGACAGUAACAUAUCGACGAGAAUUGUCAACCUUUCGAAAAGGAUUCUCACACCCGCCGAAUCAAGUCUAUUGUCUAAAGGAAUACGGUUCAGUCAUGUCGAUGCUGCGCCUACAAACUUCUUAGCGAACCUGGAAUCCCUCCUGCUAACCUCAUCCAUCCCUGAGGACAUGCGUGCGGACAUACGCAACUGUGCGACCGGCCUCCUCCGGAAAAGAAGACACCAGCAAACCUUGCCGAUGGAAGAGGAGAAGGGAUUACGAUCCCUGAGAUCAGACGACAGUAUCGUUGUUGUAUCUGCUGACAAAGGUGGUGCUACUGUCAUUAUGGACAAGACUGACUAUGUCAAUAAGGCCAGCCAGGCCUUUAAUGACAGAGAGGCCUAUACCCCAAUUGCUGAGGAUCCGACGAAAAAGCAGGCCGCAUCUAUAAAGAGGAAGGUGAACGAGCUCACUCGUAAAAAGCUCAUAAACCCCGCGGACUCCAAAUUUCUGAGUCCCAACGACACCCGUAUCGCACGUGCUUAUGGCCUCCCAAAGGUGCACAAAGCAGGUGCCCCGUUGAGGAUCAUAGUACCGCUCAUUGGAUCGCCUACAUAUAACCUUGCCAAGUGGCUGUACAAGCACCUAAAGCACCUCACGAAUGGAUGGCAGUACAGCAUCAACAACUCUCAUGCUUUCCUUCAGAGGAUCCAAGGACUUAAUGUAAGCCCUGAUGAAUGCAUUUUAUCGUUUGAUGUAGUUGCUCUAUUUUCCUCAAUACCGCAUAACUUGGCCAUUGAGAGCGUAGCCCGACGCCUAGAGGAAACUCCGAUUGGCAUUCCAACAGAGCACGUUUUAGACAUGCUUAAGCUUUGUCUUAAGAACUAUUGUCAAUUCGAUGGCAAGUAUUACCAGCAGGUCAAGGGCACCCCCAUGGGUUAA